CAGCAAUAUAGCUUAUACAUCAGAAUAACAUAUGGGCUAUAAUUUAUAAUGAUAUUAUGUAAAUUGGAAAUUUAAUAACGAGCAUGUGUGAAUGUGUAAAAAAUUAAAUGUGAAUUCCCCUUCUGGAACUGAAUAUGCAAACGAGGCACCAGUGAGGAAUUAUAAGAUUAUGAAGUCAGGAGGUCCUGUCUGUGGAAUGACGUCAUUGAGUGGUGAAGUCAAUUCGACUAAAUUGAAGUUCAGUGUAGAGAGUAUUUUGAGUAAUGAAAAUAGAAGUGCAACAGUGGUUGAACCCCCCCGUCAGCAGGAGCCCCCGUGCGCGGGGUGUGUCGCUGCUCUGUAUAGAUGCUGUAGGGAUGAACCGCCCUUACUGCAGCUACCCCUGACGCUUCCAUAUACACAUUUACAUCCGGCUUUGAGGCCUACCACAGUUUACCGCCUUCCCAUCUCGUCACCGCCGCCGCAGCAGACGUCUGCACCGCGCUGUGACGUCACUUCCAGCGGGAAACGGAAGCGAUCCUGGUCAAGAGCGGUGUUCAGCAACCUGCAGAGGAAAGGAUUGGAGAGACGGUUCCAAAUACAGAAGUACAUAACGAAGCCUGAUCGGCGGCAGCUGGCCGCUACUUUAGGUCUCACUGACGCCCAGGUGAAAGUAUGGUUUCAAAAUCGGCGAAUGAAGUGGCGCCACACGAAGGAAGGUCGCGGAGUGUGCGCGGGCUCCGCGCCACCGCCUAGGCCUCCUGAGCCUGAUCUGGAGCCCGACAACGAGGACGUCGACGUCGACACCCUCAGCGACUGACCACAGACUAUUCACCCUUUUUUUAUUUUGUUAACAUAUGGAAAAAUCUUAUUAUCAAUGUUAUAGGUAAACGUGAAAGUUUGUGAGAGUGGAUCGAAGUUUGUUACUCUUUCACGUAAAAACUAGCCAACGGAUUUUGAUGAAACUUUACAGUAAUAUAGCUUAUACAUCAGAUAUUUUUUAGCCGCAUUCAAGUAUCUCUGUAUAUCCCAAAGGUGGACUGGGAGA